CAGCUCCCCACCCGCAGUCACUUCAUCAUCGUUCAGUCAUUUGAGCGACAGUUAACUAACGAGAAGAUACAUUAGCAUAAAACCUCCGCGUUAAAAGCUAAGAAAAAACACCUAAUUAGUUGGAAUUAAUCUCCUCGCCGUCGUUAUGCCGGUGAAAUAACGCCAACGGGGCAUGUCCAAGAAAGCGGUUACCGACGACGUGGUGCUGACUUCACCGAGCCUUCCCCGCGACUUCGCCGCCGCCUUGAGCUCCUCCGCCGGCCAGGACGCCAACAUGGACGCGGUGGGCACCGAGGAGGAGGCGGCGGAGGAGAUGGAGAAGAUGGACGUCUCCUUGGCGGAAAUUCUGGCGUUGUACAGCCAGCCCAUUAACGAGGAGCAAGCAUGGGCCGUGUGCUACCAAUGUUGCCGGACGCUGGCGGCGAAGCGACCGCGGCGGAAGGGCUCCAAGAGCGGCGGUAGCUGCGGUGGAGACACCCCGCGGAGGAUCGAGGGACCCGGGGAUGUCCGAAUUUCCCGGGACGGUACCGUCACGCUGCGCUUUGAAGGCACUACAGAUAAAUAUGGAUCAGCGCCAACAUCACUGGAGGUGAUCGACUCACUGGGCGUGAUGAUCUACAAGGCCUUGGAUUACGGCUUGAAGGAGAACGAGGAGCGCGAGCUGAGCCCGCCGCUGGAGCGCCUCAUCGACAUGAUGACCAACGCGCAGGAAGCGGAGAGCGACGACGCCUGCCCCGACGAGGGCUACGAGGCCACCGAGGAGGAAGAGGAGGAGGAGGAAGAGCAGCUGGUCGUCACCGCUCCGGGCGGCGUCGUUAGUCAAAUUCGGAGCUACCGCGACUUGAUCACGUUAUGUUCCUCCCACCUUCCGAGCCCCUCGGACGCCCCAAACCACUACCAGGCUGUGUGCCGCGCCCUCUAUGCAGAGUCCAGAGAACUUUGCACCUUCCUGGAGAAGAUCAAAAGUGCCAAAGAGAAUCUUCUCAAAAUGGAAGGCGAGACUCCGCAACAACCCGUUCGAGAUCUGGACGAGCUACAGAAUGCAGAUUGGGCUCGGUUCUGGGUCCAAGUGAUGCGAGACCUGCGCCACGGUGUCAAGUUAAAGAAGGUACAAGAGCGGCAGUACAACCCGCUGCCCAUCGAGUAUCAGCUGACGCCCUACGAGAUGCUCAUGGACGACAUUCGAUCCAAGCGCUAUAAGCUUCGCAAAGUUAUGGUGAACGGCGACAUCCCUCCGAGGCUUAAGAAGAGCGCCCACGAGGUCAUCCUUGAGUUCAUCAGGUCGCGACCGCCCCUCAAUCCUGUGUCGGCCCGUAAACUGAAGCCGACACCGCCGCGACCGCAGAGCCUCCACGAACGCCUGCUGGAAGACAUAAAGACGGAGAGGAAGCUCAGGCCAGUGUCUCCGGACGUGGCCCGGAGGACCCGUUUGGGUGCUGGGAAAAGCCUCAGUACUCCUCAUGAUUUAUGUUGGACUUCAGACACCCCCGACGCUCCUCGAAAGCUAGCCACUAGCACGCAGUCGCUAACGCGUGGCUCGGCGAACCAGAUGAGUCAGAGGAAGAGAAUACUUCACGCGCCCACGUUGGCGGAACUCGAAAGCUCCGACUCGGAUGAGGAUACGACAACGACAACAAGGAGUAGCUCAAGCGCCACGCCGUCCUUGAUGGACAUCUCUCCAGAUUCUACUAAAGGCAAAAAAUCGCCUCCAGCGUUCCUGCCCGUGUCCGCCACGCCACUGCCGGACAAGCGGCAGGCGGUCUCCCUGCGCCGGCACUCCAUCGAGAAGGCGCCCACUGAUGUCAGUUCCUUCGUCGUGCCGUCCAAGCAGAGCUCAAAGUCUCUGCUGAUAGACAACGCUGGCAAGGUUCAAGCUGCCGCUAAAGCCACUAAAGGCACGGAGGAGUUCUGCUUCCCGGUGGAGUGCCUGGCGCUAACCGUGGAGGAGGUCAUGCACAUCCGGCAGGUAUUAGUCAAAGCCGAGCUGGAGAAGUUCCAGCAGUACAAAGACGUCUACAACGCGCUCAAGAAAGGAAAACUUUGCUUUUCGUGCCGGGUAAAGAGGUUCUCUUUCUUCACCUGGUCGUACACGUGUCAGUUCUGUAAGAGGCCCGUGUGCUCACAAUGCUCAACAAAGAUGCGACUUCCUUCCAAGCCGUACGCUACAUUGCCCAUUUACUCUUUGGGCCCUAGCGCCACAUCAGCUAAAGACGAAAAAGCCGGCGCUUCAUCUGAGACUGGGAGGCAGACGUUCGGGUCCUCGCAGAGCCGCCGCAGUUUUCGUGUCUACAAAUUCUCCAAGGACAACAACGCGACGUCACCGCCCACACGGAGCGAGCUGGACCUUCCCAAGGAGCUAACGGAAGACUGGGCGUCCAUGGAAGUAUGCGUAGACUGCAAGAAAUUCAUCACCGAGAUCAUCUCGUCCAGCAAGCGCAGCCUGUCCGUGGCUGGCAAGCGCGCGCGCCUCCACCGUCAGACCCGCUCCUUCUACCGCAGCUCGUCGGCAUCCGUCGACUUCCGGUCCUCGGUGCGCGUCGCCGUCCACGAGGCGUAGGGCAAAUCACGUGGCGGGUUCUUCCUGCUAGCCAAAGCCGCUUCCCGCGCUCAGGAAACGUAGGAGAAUGUCAAGAAUGAAGGACGGACAAAAAUGCUUGUAAAUAGCAUCCAAUCCUGACCCAGCAAGUUUUUUCCACGUAGCACUCAGGAACAAGAAGCGAUUGUCGCCGCCCUCAGGUCGUGUCCUCAUUCUUUCGCCAACAUUUUUAGUCUAAUUACACUAAAUAAUAAUUUCCUGACCCUGAUUGGAAAUUGUUUCUUUGCACAUUUUAUGCCAAAUAAGCAGCUUUGACUACUUUGCUCAUCGUGGAAAUGACAGUUGAACCCUUUCGGUGGCAUUGACGAUGAAUCGAAUAUCUUUUUCAUCCAAUUACAUACAUACAAUUUAAAUUUUGUUCCAAGGAGACGUCCAAUCCACUUAAUGUGGAUGGGCUGGCAGUGAAUGAACAUCGGUUGAUUCUCUGCCAGCCCUCUCACUUGUAAUGGGUUGGACAUCUAUCACAGUCAGUGGCAGCCAAUGGGUUAAUCUCAGAAUAGUUGUGUAUUAAUCUCGAAUCAGAAUAAACUUGGAUUUGGCUGUGAAUUAAUCUCAGAUUUGUUUUAGAUUAAACAAAUUGUUUUUUUGUAGAUUAACUCACAACCGAUUUCAGGUUGAUCUCAGAUCAAUUGUAGAUCAAAUUUGCAUUUGGGUGUGAAUUUGAGAUCAGUAUCUUAAUUCCAGAUUUGUUGUAGAUUAAACUAAAAUCUGUGGGUUAAUAUACCGGUUGUCUCAGAUUGGUUGUGGGUUAAUCUCUAAUCGUUCAUGGAUUAAAUUUGGAUUUGGUUGUGAAUUAGUUUGAGAUCAGCAAUAUCCUAAUCUCAGAUUUGUUGUAAAUUAAACUAAAAUUGUAUGUUGUCGAUUAAUCUCAGAUCGGUUGUGGGUUAAUCUCGGAAUGGUUGUGUUUUAAUCUCGGAUCGGUUAUAGAUUAAAUUUGGAUUUGGUUGUGAAUUAAUUUGAGAUUAGUAAUAUCUUAAUCUCAGAAUUGUUGUAGAUUAAAUGAAAAUCGUCUGUUGUAGAUUAAUCGGUUGUGAGUUAAUCUCAGAGCGGUUGUAGAUCAAACUUGCAUUUGGGUAUGACUUUCGAGAUCAGCAAUAUCUUGAUCUCUGAUUUGUUGUAGAUUAAACUACAAUUGUUUGUUGUAGAUUAAUCUCAAAUCAAUUGUGAGUUAAACUCUGAUCGGUUGUAUAUCAAAUUUGCAUUUGGGUGUGAAUCUGGGAUCAGCAGUAUCUUUAUCCCAGAUUUGUUGUAGAUUAAACUAAAAUUGUGGGUCACUAUACCGGUUGUAGAUUAAUAUACAACUGAUCUGAGAUUAAUCUUGGAUUGGUUAUGGAUUAAACUUGGAUUUGGUUGUGAAUUAAUUUUAGAUCAGCAAUAUCUUCAUCUCAGAUUUGUUGUAGAUUAAAUUUAAAUUGUCUGUUGUAGAUUAAUCUCAAAUCGGUUGUGAGUUAAUCUCAGAUCGGUUGUAGAUCAAAUUUGCAUUUGGGUAUGACUUUCGAGAUCAGCAAUAUAUUCAUCUCUGAUUUGUUGUAGAUUAAACCAAAAUUGUCUGUGGGUUAAAAUAGCGGUUAAUCGCUGAUCGGUUAUGGGUUAAUCUCGGAUCAGUUGUGUAUUAAUCUCUGGUUGUAGAUCAAAUUCUGAUUUGGUUAUGAAUUUGAGAUCAGCAAAAUCUUACUCUCAGAUUUGUUGCCGAUUAAAACUGUCUAUGGGUUAAUAUCUGUUGUAGAUUAAUAUCAUGCAUUCUGUAGCUUCUUCUCAGAUUGGUUGUGUAUUAAUCUCAGAUCAAUUGUAGAUUAAUCUCAGAUUAUCUGUGGAAUAAUUUUGAAACGGCCAUAUAUUAUUCUCUGAUCGCUUUGAGAGCAAUGUGAGAUUAACCUCAAAAUGAUACAAAAUGGAUCUCUGAUUCAUUCAGUUUGCUCCCAUCCCACCAAUUCAAAUCGAUUGGACGUCUAUCAAUUGGAGCCAAUUAGUUAAUUUCAUAUUUUUCCAAUACAGAAGUGGAUUUUCCAUCUCUUUGCUUUAGUCCUGUUUGAUCAAAUGAUAUACCUUUUUCAAUUUAAGGGUGUAAAUUGCCCAAAAAAAUUAAAUAAAACCACAAAUUCCAACAACUUUGAAAACAAUACUUCCUCCCAAAUUUCAGCUUUCCAGACUAAUUUUUUAUAACCAUUUUCCCCAACUUCAACACUGUAUUUUCAAGUGUGCCUGGUGCCAAACUGCUGUUUAUUUCUGAAUGUUUUUUUUCUAUUUGUACAUAGUGUACAUGUAUGCAGUACUACAUAUGGGACUCCUCAGUGGGCUUCAUCUUCAUCACCGUUCUGAAUGUUGUACAUGUUGUAAAGCUCCAAAAGCUACAGAUUUAAUACAAUUUUUUGUUUAUGAAUGAUCAAAUGUUUGUCAAAUCAAAAACUUAUCUUUACAAAAAGUACUCAACUGCGCUUAUAUUUAAUUAUUUAUGUCUUUUUUUCUUUUUCGUCUUAAUACUUGAUUUUCUCUAUUUUCCCGCUCGGGUUUUUCAUGAAGGAUUAAUUUUUCAGUCGUCACACAAAACCAACUUGAUUGUUUCAAGCUUUAAAUGACCUCUUGUGACUCAAACAAAACCAGCCGGUCUUGUUCUCGAAUGACGCUUGUGUUACUUCCUUAAACUUGAUUUUAGUUUUAGGCUGCUGCCUGGAAUGUGUGCAUGCUACUAUUGUCGUUUAAUAAUAAAACAUUGCGUUAA